AUGAAUGCAAAAAUUUAUCUUACUUUCUUAAUCGCGUUCGCGUCGCAUUCAUCUGUCCAAUCGGCUCACCACCCCAAAGCUGCUAAGCAUGUGGUUUUUUCUACCUGCUCGAAACCUGGAACCCUCGCACUUACCUACGAUGAUGGACCUUAUCGCUAUCAAAACCAAAUAUCCGACUACCUUUAUGAUAGAGAUAUCAAAGGCACUUUCUUCGUUAAUGGAUACAAUUAUAAUUGCAUCUACGAUAAGGAUGUGGUUAAACACCUCAGACAUACUUUUGCACAAGCCUGGUCGCACACAAACAUUAGCACUCUAUCCGGCUUCUCCCCGAACUGCAUUAACGUCCUUCUGUUCCGUUAUUCAGAGAUUCUAGGAAUCAAACCGAAAUUUUUCCGAGCUCCAUAUGGCGAGCAUACUAAGGAAAAUUUGAAAGUACUAAAGCAACGAGGAUAUGUGGUCGUCGACUGGUCGAGUGACUCAGAGGAUUCGAUGGGCGCGUCGGCUAAAAAAUCAAAAGCGAUGUACACCAAGCUGGCCAAGAAGUAUCCAUCGCCUCAGAUCGCUCUGAACCAUGAGACGUAUAAAGAUACGGCUCACAAAGUCACCCCACAUGCCGUGACUGUUUUACAAAAGGCUGGUUAUGAGCUCAUGCAUGUAUCGGAAUGUCUGGGAAUGGGAUCAAACCUCGAAGAUCUUUAUCAAUGGGUUGGCGAGCCGUCCGAAAGAGAUGUGAGAAAUUUCCCUCUUCACAAGUAA